CCCAUCGCCGGCAGCCGCUGCAACCCUUGAACCAUCUCCGUCACUCGUUGGAAUUGUAGCAGAUACCACCUAAGCUUCGAAAACGCGCUGCAGCACGCCCAGGAUGGCUGCCAACGGUGCUGCCCGUAAAGCUCCCCCGGCUUCAGCUAAAAACAGCAUUAUCGACACAGAUGCUAUAAGGGACGCCAUGCCAGCAGAUAAGAAGGACAAGGUCACGCUGAAGCUCAAGAAAGCGGUGUCCAAGCCUUCCAUACCCGGAAAUUGGAAGGAGAGCGAUGCCAGCAACAAAGACACUCCUAUCGCAGGAAGCACAUCCCCGAUCGUGAACGGACAAGAGGAGAAGACGCUCGCCGGCUUUCCGAGUGGCCGCCCCGUCGAUGACAAAGUAGACACGGUGCAGUGCAAGCAUUGCCGCCGCCCUGUCCUCCGCGCCUCUGCUGCGACCCAUAUCCGCGACUGCCUGAGCAAGAAGCAGGAGAAGCUGAAGAAGAAAAAGGAGGCCAAAGAAGCCAAAGACGCUGCGCUGCGCAAGGAGAAGGGCGAGGACGACGACAGUGGUAAGAACGCGCGCAAGGCAAUCAAAGGCACCGUCGACGGAGAAGGCGCGAAGAAGGGAAAGAAGAGGAAGAUCGAAGAUUACGAUGGGAAGCCUGGCCCCAAGAAAAAGAAGAAGGACGAGCCCAAGCCAAAGGGAGCGAAACCGAAGGGACCUGUUGACGUCGAGAAGCAGUGCGGUGUUGCGCUGCCUAAUGGCGGCUUCUGCGCGCGUAGUUUGACGUGCAAGAGCCAUAGCAUGGGUCUGAAGCGCGCCGUGCCUGGACGAAGCUUGCCGUACGACAUGCUGCUAGCCCAGUAUCAGAAGAAGAACCAGGCGAAACAGCAGCGUGCUGCCAUUGAUGCCAACGCUCCACUCCCCGAAGAUCUCGAACCCUCAGGCGCCGUCGACUCCGACGAGGAGAAAGAAGCCAUCAUGGCCGCCCUCGCUCGCCAUCGCCCCCGACCGGUCGUCACAUUUACCCCCGUCUCGCUCCAGGCCAAAUACCAGCACCGACGUAUGAAAGAUAUGCUCCGUUCCUGCCUCGGCAAUCCUCCUGGCGCCUCCAUUUAUGGCCAAAACCCCGACACAAUGGGCGCCGUGCGUGGCCUCGCCCUCUCCAAUGGUAUGAUGCCCGGGAGCGCUACAUCAGAGAACUUUCCCAACAGCGCAGGCGGGAUGGGUGGCUUUGGAGCGUCGAUGAGCACAGGCCUGGAUGGGCCGGGAAGCAGGAGGCCGAGCGCCAUUAACAUGGGAAAUGCGGGUGGUCCGAGGAUGAUUGCGCCCGGUCAGUUGCCCGGUCCGGGUCCGCAGAGGAAGGGAAGCAUGGCUAGCGUCGCGAGCGUGGGUGCCUCGUAGGUUGGUGCGCCUGCGAAAAUGUCAUGGAUCUUGGAAUGGUUGGGAGGGCUAUAGAAGAGGCGUUUUUGGGUCUGGAUUCAGUGAUACCCUGGGGGCGUUAUUACAUCAUGGGUUGGGCGUGGGAUUCCUUCGCAUACUGCAUUUUUAUGGACCGCAAGGGCGUGCCAUGCAGGGCUAGUUGACUUUGGCAUACACCGCCUGUUCUUUGGCGGAUGGGAGUCACACAUCACACCAUGAAGGGCUUGCUCAUUCAAGCGUGGUGGGAGCAAGCAUGCUAGGGUGAGGUAGCAAGCCUGAUUUCCGUAC